CAAAUACUGUUCGACUGACAUACCUCUUUUUCGAUUAAGAAAAAACAUCUUGAAGCAUUUGUUUAAUACUUUGUUAUUUAUCAUGCAUAGUGUAUUAUCAAAGAUUCGACUUGCGAAUGUAAAAGGCUUAAAUAAUUUUUCAUCUAAGUUUAAUAAAAAAUUGCCAGAAAUGCCUUUAAAAAAUUAUAAUUCACUCGCUGUGACUGAACCAUCAUCUUCUGUCUUUCAUGUUCAAUUGAAUAGACCAGAAAAAUUAAAUGCUCUGUCCAAUUCCAUGUGGUUAGAAAUUGGUGAAUGCUUUAAUGAAUUAUCAAACAAUCCAGAUUGCAGAGUGGUAGUUCUUUCAGGGGCUGGAAAGAUAUUUUGUGCAGGUAUAGAUUUGAUGGAUGCUAUGGGAUUAUUUCAAAAAUUAGCUGAUGUUGAAGAUGUAGCAAGAAAGUGUAAAAUUUUAGAGAAAACAAUCAAACAAUAUCAAGAUUCCUUCACAGCUAUUGACAAUUGUUCAAAACCAGUUAUUGCAGCAGUACAUGGAGCAUGUAUUGGAGGUGGCAUUAAUAUGAUAUGUUCUGCUGAUAUUAGAUUUUGUUCUUCUGAUGCAUGGUUUCAAAUUAAAGAAGUCGAGUUAGGAAUGACUGCUGAUGUAGGAGCUCUUCAGAGGCUUCCAAAAAUCAUUGGUUCUGAAAGCCUGGUCAAAGAAUUAACAUACACUGCAAGAAAAAUGUUAGCAACUGAGGCACUACAAUAUGGUUUUGUUAGUCAAGUUAUGAAUGACCAUAAAAGCUUAAUGGAUAAGGCCAUGAGUGUAGCAAAACAGAUUGCAUCCAAAAGUCCAGUUGCAGUUCAGGGUUCAAAACUCAAUUUGAACUAUGCAAGAGAUCACUCUGUUGAAGACAGUUUGAAUCAUAUUUUAAUGAGAAAUCAAGUGAUGUUACAAAGUGAAGAUUUUGUAAACGCUGCCACAGCAUUAGCUACUAAGGGAGAUCCACCCAUUUUUUCAAAAUUGUAAUGUAACUGAAUGUAGUUACAUAAAUUGUUGAAAAAUUAUCAUAGCAAACUUUUAUCUGUGAGAUAUUUCAAAUAAUUCUAGAAGUGAAACACAAGUAUAUUUUGUUACAUAAUAGUUUUUAUAUUUUUAUUGUGGUUUUUAUUAAAAAAAUGGUAUAUAUA